GGUCACCGGACCGGACAGACAAGUCAUCACUCAGACGGGAGGCGACGAGGUGACAACAAGGCUUCAUACCUGUUCGACGGUCGCCUCCCUCACGCGUAUAGUCUGAAGGAUGGCUCUGGACAGCAGACGGAAGGAGCUGCUGUGGAACACGCUGAUGGAGCUGGGGGAGGACGACUUUGAGUCCUUCAGGUUCCACACGGCCCUGCCUAGAAGGAUGCGUGAAAACAACCGCCUUGAGUAUAUUGCUGACAAGCUCUUGAUUAAGCAUGGCGAGAACACUCUGGACGAGACCGUCAAGAUUCUGGAGAAGAUCGGGAACAACGAAUUGGCCGAGAAGCUGCGCAGCGACAUGCUGAACAUAAAAGGCGCCGACUUAUCCGUCCACGAUGACGAUCAGAUUGCCAGAUAUAAGAGGGAGCUCCAAGACAACCUGCGGCGUUUAUACAGCUUUGCUUCCGAGGGCAACACCGAGCGCUGGCAGCAGCAGCCCUUGGAGGACGUCUACACGCAGCUAGACGUCACCUACGGAGCAGACGUCAGCCCAGACGGGCGGCAUGAGGUCCUCCAGAUGGAGACGUGUGACGCCGCGGCCAAGCAGUCUAUCCUGCCGUGCGACAUCUUCAAAAGCCCUGACGGGAACCGGCGACCGAUGCGCACGAUGCUCACCGUCGGCUUUGCGGGAAUAGGAAAAACCUUCCUGAUUCAAAAGUUUGUGUCAGACUGGGCUAGCGGUAGUACUAACCAGGACGUGGACUUCAUAUUUCCUUUCACCUUCCGCGAGUUAAACAUGGAGAAAGGUGAGAGCUUUACAUUGGCCGAGCUGAUCCAAACUUUUGUCUGCGGAGACAGGCACAUGAACGAGCGACUGAACAAUAUAUUUGUCGGCCUGCAAACUUCUGGGAAGCGGGACUUUGAAAGCAGCGGGAUCAAGAUCUUGUUUAUCCUCGACGGACUGGACGAGUGCAACUUCAAAAUCGACUUGAAGAAAGUGAGGAAAGUGGACAUGGACGUGAGGGAAAGCUACCCGCUGGAGGUACUUCUGGCGUAUCUCAUCAAAGGGAACCUGCUUCCGUGCGCCAGGGUUUGGAUCACCACGCGGCCCGCGGCAGCCCGCGAUAUACCCUCCGACCUCAUAGACAGCCGAACAGAGGUGGGAGGAUUCAGCGAUUCCCGGAAAAUGGAGUACUUCAGGAAAAGGUUCCCAAAUGAGGAGCGCGUCACUGAGCACAUUCGGAAAUCUCGCACCAUCUUCAUCAUGUGCCAUAUUCCCAUCUUCUGCUGGCUCACCGCCAGAGUUCUUCAGGUUCAUUUGGACAAAGGUAAGGAGGUAGAGCUUCCCACAACGCUGACUGACAUGUACUCAGCGUUUAUUGGUCACCACCUGGAAAACUCCAUGGAGAGAAAUACAGCGGAGUACAUCCCUGACGUGAAAGCGCUCGCCAAGCUGGCCUUUGACCACACCAUGAAUCAGCGUCAGAUCUUCUACGAGAAAGACCUGGAGGACAGCUGCUUUGAUUACAGCCAAGCAGCAAAACACUGCGGUUUAUUCACAGAGGUCUUUAAGGAGGUCCAUCCGCUUAAAAGCAAGAAACAAAAGAUGUUUCAGUUUAUCCACCUGACCAUCCAGGAGUAUCUGGCCGCACUGUACGCAAAGAUGUGUUUCUUCCACGACAACAAGAACGUACUGGAUACAUCAAGAUGGAAAAAAUUGUUCAUGCCUGUUAAGCGGAAGACAAUCACUGAGGUCCACAAGUCAGCUCUCCAGAAAGCCUCGGAAAGUGAAGGAAACCUGGAUAUGUUCCUCCGCUUCCUCGUUGGCCUUUCAUUGCAGUGCAACCAGGAAAUAGUGGGGGCACUGCUGAAGGUUCCUCAUGACUGGGAGCAAAGCAAGUCAAAGACAGUCAAGUUGAUACAGAAAAGGAUCAAACAAAACACUCCAGAAAAGAACGUCAACUUGUUCUACUGCCUAAACGAGCUGAAAGACAACUCCUUGCUGAAGCAGAUCCAGCAGAAACUAAGUUCUGGAGUGUACUGGCCUAAAAUGUCGAAUGACAUGUGGUCGGCCCUGGCCUUCUUCUUACUUACAGACGACAGAACCAUGAAGUUCUUUGAACUUGACAAGUACUCCAAAUCGCCUUUGGGACUCAAGAAGCUUCUGGUGGUGGUCAAGGCUUCUCAAAAUUCAUAUCUAGGGGAUUGUAACCUGGACAAAGGCAGCUGUCACCUGCUGGCUUCCGUUCUCAGUUCUCCAUCCAACCUGAGGCAUCUGGACCUGAGCAACAAUUACGGGCUCAUGGACGAGGGAGUCGAGAUCCUCUCAAAAGGACUGGCCAGCCCACACUGCAACUUAGAAGUCCUCAAUCUUUCCAAGUGCGGGAUCACCAGUGAAGGAUGUGUUUCAUUGGCUGAGGCACUGAAGGUAACCCCCUCCCAUCUUCAAGAGCUUGACCUGAGCUGGAACACUCUGUCGGAUGAAGGGGUUGAGAUCCUCUCGAAAGGACUGGCAUCUCCAAACUGCAUCUUAAAAGUCCUCAACCUGACAAAGUGCAGCAUCACUCAGCGAGGUUGCAUUUCGUUGGCUGAGGCACUGAAGGUAACCUCCUCCCAUCUUCAAGAGCUGGACCUGAGCUGGAACAAUCCGUCAGACGAGGGGAUUGAGAUCCUCUCGAAAGGACUGGCCAGCCCACACUGCAUCUUAAAAAUCCUUAACCUGUCACUGUGCGAGAUCGCAGAUAAAGGAGGCAUUUCAUUGGCCAAGGCUCUCAAGUUAAACCCCUCCCAUCUUCAAGAGUUGAAUCUCGGGGCAAAUCGAAUGGAGAAAGAAGGAAAGAGGGUCUUAUUGGAGAUCAAGGAGGAUCCCAGCUAUAGCCUGAAGACUGUCUGGUUUAAAUGAGAUUAAGAACGUUUGGUCCUUGGCGUCAAGAAGGGCGAGUCAUUCCAAAUGUUCAUUUUUAGAAGACGUCGAGUCCAUUAGGUCUCCUUCAGAUUUAGUUCGGUCUCAUGUACUCUCCGACGAUCGCAAGAGGACCGGGUGUCGGCGCUACGGGCAAAGCGGCCUCGCUCACAGAAUUCGGGGAGGUCGUCGUCGGGUUCUUUGCAGCCACAUGGAGGUGGAGUUCAAGGGGAAGGUCUACGACGUUCCCACCAAACUGCUGGCAGUUGUAUUCAUCCAUUUAUUUGUACUGGAAGAAAUGAUAAGCAGUAUAUGAGUUCUUUUAACCAAAUAUGUUUUACUUGAGUGCAUUUAAUGGAUGACCCCUUUUUCUUUAACUUGAGUCAUAUUAUUUGGAAGUAAUGCUCAUUCUUGGGUACAAUUUUCGGCUUCCCUACCCAACUUUGGAAAAGUAACAAACGACUGGUGUAUGCCAAAGUAGCAAGAGUAGCAUAUUUUCUUCACACAUCUAUUCAAGUGAAAUGUUUGGUGUGGUGAAACUACUGUUAAAAGUACUUUUUUUUCCUCUCCAAAUUUCAAUGUCCCGGAAAAAAAAAAUAUGCAUCACUACCCGCCUCAUUGACGUCGCCAGAUGAGCCCUUUCAGUGCAAAGGGUUGGGUCUCCUCUAAUGUCCCAACAGGAUGGAUAGGAAAAGAAAACAUAAUUUUUCAAAAUAUUUGUUCGUCAAUGGCAGCAAAUGCGAUCACAGAGACAUUAUUGGAGUGGAAAAAAUUGGUAGCAACCUGUUGGUUUCUUUUUUAUUGUUAUUAAUUAAUUAAAACAUAUAUGCAAAUAACAAAAAAAAAAACGAGAAAAAAAAAGAAGAAAAUGCAACAACAGAUCUCAAAAAUAAUAAAUUCAUUCACUCCCAAAGAUGUUUUAUAGAACACUUAGGUUCGCGUUCAAAAGUGUAUCAAAAAAAUACUUGCUGUUUUUCAACUGCUCAUAACUAAAGAAUGGUAAAGAGUAGGAAAAAUGAUUUUCAUGAUUCAAGAUUGCAAUCCAAUUGUUCUUUUUUGGGGUUUGUGUAGCCAUCAAACACAAUAUUCUGUGGUGCUUGACAGAUCAGUUAAAAUCAAUGUAAACUAGAAACUGCAAUUUCGGGAGAAAUUACACCUGGGUCUUUCCUCAGUGGAGAUACAGAUCUUCGCCCCACUCAGGUGUAGCAAUAGAAUGGACAAUAAAGCCAGUCAUUGGCAUUAAACAAAGUAAACGCCAUUAGAGAUGAUUGGGAGAAUUGGACGUCCAUGGCCGUCAAUGGCGGCACCCUUCAUAAGCGUCAAUGGAAUUGGGGAAGUUUGGGGGACACCUCCUAUUGAUAUCUGGUCAUUUUUUGUUGAUUUGGGAAAAAAAAAAAAUUCCCAUUGAAAAUGAAUGGGAAAAAUUUUGGACGUCCAUGGAAGUCAAUGGUAUCAACUUACAUAGGCGUCAAGGGAAUCCAAGUAAAUUGGCAUCAAUAGAAUGAAAAAACAUAAUUAAAUGCCAUUAGAAAUGAAUGGGAAAUUUGGACGUCCAUGGCCGUCAAUGGCGGCGCCCUUAAUAAGCGUCAAUGGAAUUGGGGAAGUUUGGGGGACACGUCCUAUUGAGAUGUGGUCGUUUUUUGUUGAUUUGGGGAAAAAAAAAAAAAUUCCCAUUGAAAAUGAAUGGGAAAAAAUCUGGACGUCCAUUGACGUCAAUGGUAUCAACUUACAUAGGCGUCAAUGGAAUUCAAGUACAUUGGCAUCAAUAGAAUGAAAAAACAUGAUAAAAUGCCAUUAGAAAUGAAUGGGAAAUUUGGACGUCCAUGGCCGUCAAUGGCGGCGCCCUUCAUAAGCGUCAAUGGAAUUGGGGAUGUUUGGGGGACACGUCCUAUUGAUAUCUGGUCAUAUUUUGUUGAUUUGAAAAUUUAAAAAAAAUUCCCUUUGAAAAUGAAUGGGAAAAAUUUUGGACGUCCAUGGACGUCAAUGGUAUCAACUUACAUAGGCGUCAAUGGAAUCCAAGUACAUUGGCAUCAAUAGAAUUAAAAAACAUGGUUAAAUGCCAUUAGAAAUGAAUGGGAAAUUUGGACGUCCAUGGCCGUCAAUGGCGGCGCCCUCCAUAAGCUUCAAUGGAAUUGGGGAAGUUUGGGGGACACGUCCUAUUGAUAUCUGGUCACAUUUUGUUGAUUUGGGGAAGAAAAAAAAAAUUCCCAUUGAAAAUGAAUGGGAAAAAUUUUGGACGUCCAUGGACGUCAAUGGCAUCACCCUCCAUAAGCGUCAAUGCUAUCGGCGACGUUUGGGGUAUAGGUCCUAUUGAUAUCUGGUGAUUUCCUACUGAUUUGGGGACAUUUUUUGUUUUGCCAUUGAAAAUGAAUGGGAAAAAAGUUGGACGUCCAUGGACGUCAAUGGAAGCACCCCCUAUAAGCGUCAAUGGAGUUGCGGACGUUUGGGAGACAUGUCCUAUUGAUAUGUGGUCAUUUUCUGGUCAUUUUCUGUUGAUUUGGGGAAAUUUUGUUUUUUCCCCAUUGAAAAUGAAUGGGAAUCAUUUUGGACGUCCAUGGCCGUCAAUGGCAUCGACAUCCAUAUAGUCAUUUGAAUCCAAGUACAUUGGCAUCAAUAGAUUCGACAUGCGUGUCCGUCAAUGGCAUCAAUGAUGUAAAUUCCAAUGGAAAUCCCAUUGAAAGUGAAUGGGAAAUUUUCCCAUUAGAAAUGAAUGGGAUAGUUUUUAGCAAAUUUCCGGGCAACCGUAAAUGUUUGCCAAAUUCUGUAUACAACUUUUAUGCCCCUCACCGUCCCGGAAUUUUUGAUACCCAAAUUAUGUGAUUUGGUCAAAAAUUGUAACACUAGAUACAUUUUGAAACUUUUUUUUUUCUCCGGAAAAUUGCCGUUUACGGGCAAAUGGAAAAUUUUUCGGGACUGUUUGAAAAACUUCCCUGCGUCCCGCGAAAAUUCCGGUCCUGCCGAUACUUGAAUGGUGCCGAUCGGUCAAACGGUUCGGGCUGUGCAGCGCGCCGUAUUUUUCAUUAACAAUGAAUAGGAAUAUUUUUUGCAAAUUUCCAGGGAACCGUAAAUUUUUUCCAAAUUCUGUAUACAACUUUUAUGCCCCUCAACGUCCCGGAAUUUUUGAUGCCCAAAUUUUGUGAUUUGGUCAAAAAUUGUCGGACUAGAUACAUUUUGAAACUUUUUUUUUUUCCGGAAAAUUGCCAUUUACGGGCGAACGGAAAAUUUUUCGGGGCCGUUUGAAAAAUUCCCAUCGUCGCGCCAAAAUUCCGGUCGUGCCGAUACUUGAACGGUGCUGAUCGGUGGUAUGGUUCGGGCUGCGCGGCGCGCCGAAAAAAACGUCAACAAUUAUUGAAUAAUAAUAAAGAAAGAAACAAGGCUAUCACUAGAAUGGACAAACAUGCCAAUCAAUGGCAUUAAACAAAUUAAAUGCCAUUAGAAAUGAAUGGGAAAUUUGGACGUCCAUGGCCGUCAAUGGCAGCACCCUUCAUAGGCGUCAAUGCAAUCGGGGACAUUUGGGGUACACGUCCUAUUGAUAUCUGGUCAUUUCCUGUUGAUUUAGGGAAAAAAAAAAUUUCCCAUUGAAAAUGAAUUGGAAAAAUUUUGGACGUCCAUGGACGUCAAUUGUAUCAACUUACUUAAGCGUCAAUGGAAUACAAGUACAUUGGCAUCAAUAGAAUGAACAAUCAUGAAGAAAUGCCAUUGGAAAUGAAUGGGAAGUUUGGACGUCCAUGGACGUCAAUGGCAGCACCCUUCAUAGGCGUCAAUGCAAUCGGGGACAUUUGGGGUACACGUCCUAUUGAUAUCUGGUCAUUUCCUGUUGAUUUAGGGAAAAAAAAAAAUUCCCAUUGAAAAUGAAUGGGAAAAAUUUUGGACGUCCAUGGACGUCAAUUGUAUCAACUUACUUAAGCGUCAAUGGAAUACAAGUACAUUGGCAUCAAUAGAAUGAACAAUCAUGAAGAAAUGCCAUUGGAAAUGAAUGGGAAGUUUGGACGUCCAUGGACGUCAAUCGCAUCACCCUCCAUAAGCGGCAAUGCAAUCGGGGACAUUUGGGAGACACGUCCUAUUGAUAUUUAGUCAUUUUCUGUUGAUUUGGGGGGAAAAAAAAUUCCCAUUGAAAAUGAACGGGAAAAAUUUUGGACGUCCAUGGACGUCAAUGGUAUCAACUUACAUAAGCGUUAAUGGAAUCCAAGUACAUUGACAUCAAUAGAAUGAACAAACAUGAAGAAAUGCCAUUGGAAAUGAAUGGGAAGUUUGGACGUCCAUUGACGUCAAUGGCAUCACCCUCCAUAAGCGGCAAUGCAAUCGGGAA